CGCGCGCCGGGAGGAAGCGGUCGCGCGGCAGCUGCGGGGCGUGGGGGCGGUGGUGGCGGCGGCCAAGGCCGAGGCCGGAGCUGUGGAGGCUGUGGUGAAGGCGGCGGCGCCUUAGCCGGGAACGGUGCUCCGCCUGUCCCCCUUUCAGGCUCCAUGGAGGCGGCGGCGGGCGGGCUCUGCGGCUCUGGACCGCCGCUGCUGCUGAGCGAGGGCGAGCAGCAGUGCUACUCCGAGCUCUUCGCGCGCUGCGCCGGCGCCUCAGGCGGGGGCCCGGGUCCCGGGCCCCCCGAGGCCGCCAGGGCUGCCCCCGGCGCGGCCACCGCAGCCGCUGGCCCGGUCGCCGACCUGUUCCGGGCGUCGCAGCUGCCCGCCGAGACGCUGCACCAGAUCACAGAAUUGUGUGGUGCCAAGCGGGUUGGUUAUUUUGGUCCGACACAGUUUUACGUUGCCCUGAAAUUAAUUGCUGCGGCACAGUCUGGCCUCCCUGUGCGGAUAGAGAGUAUUAAAUGUGAACUGCCGCUGCCUCGCUUUAUGAUGUCAAAGACUGAUGCUGAAAUCCGGUUUGGGAACACAGCUGAGCUGCAUGGAACUAAAGUUCAGAUUCCAUAUUUAAUCACAGAAAAAAAUACCUUCAAAAGAAUCGAUGAUGAGGAUAAACAGCAGGAAACGCAGUCUCCCUCGAUGUCACCUCUUGCCUCCCCUCCUUCUUCCCCGCCUCAUUACCAGAGGGUGCCCUUGAGCCAUGGCUACAGCAAACUGCGGAGCAGCACGGAGCAGAUGCAUUCAGCUCCUUAUGAAGCUAGACAGCCCCUUGUCCAGCCUGAGGGACCCUCAACGGGAGGCCCAGGAGCCAAACCCCCUCGGCAUCAGGCUUCCCUUAUCCGGUCCUUUUCAGUGGAGAGAGAACUGCAGGAUAGCAGCACUAGUUACCCAGACGAACCCUGGAGGAUAACGGAAGAGCAGCGCGAGUACUAUGUCAACCAGUUCCGGUCCCUUCAGCCUGAUCCGAGUUCCUUCAUUUCAGGUUCUGUUGCCAAAAACUUCUUCACCAAAUCAAAACUUUCCAUUCCAGAACUCUCCUAUAUAUGGGAACUGAGUGAUGCCGACUGCGAUGGAGCCCUGACCCUGCCAGAGUUCUGUGCUGCAUUUCAUCUCAUUGUGGCCCGAAAGAACGGCUACCCGCUGCCUGAGGGCCUGCCUCCAACUCUGCAGCCAGAGUACCUGCAAGCAGCCUUUCCUAAGCCCAAGUGGGAGUGUGCAUUAUUUGAUUCUUAUUCUGAGUCAAUACCAGCAAACCAACAACCCCGUGAUUUGAAUCGGAUGGAGAAGCUGUCUAUUAAAGACAUGGCCGACUUUCCUGUCCCUACCCAAGAUGUGACUGGUGAUGACAAACAAGCUUUGAAGAGUGCUACUGAUGAAGCCUUACCAAAGGACAUGUCUGAGGAUUCAGCCACUCCUAAGGAUUCCAACAGUCUCAAAGCAAGACCAAGAUCCAGAUCUUACUCUAGCACCUCCAUAGAAGAGGCCAUGAAAAGGGGCGAGGACCCUCCCACCCCGCCACCGCGGCCACAGAAAACCCAUUCCAGAGCCUCCUCCUUGGAUCUGAAUAAAGUCUUCCAGCCCAGUGUGCCAGCUUCAAAGUCAGGAUUGUUACCUCCACCACCUGCGCUCCCUCCAAGACCUUGUCCGUCACAGUCUGAACAAGCAUCUGAGGCUGAGGUGCAUCCCCAGCUGAACAGGGCCCCCUCUCAAGCUGCAGAAAGUAGUCCAACAAAGAAGGAGAUACCAUAUUCUCAGCCCCCAUCAAAGCCCAUCCGUAGGAAAUUCCGACCUGAAAAUCAAGCUACAGAAAAUCAAGAACCUUCUACCACUGUAGGCGGGCCAGCUUCUGUAGCAACCGUGAAACCCCAUCCAGCAGUCCAAAAGCAGUCUUCCAAACAGAAGAAGGCUAUUCAAACUGCUAUCCGCAAAAAUAAAGAGGCAAAUGCCGUGCUGGCCCGUCUGAACAGUGAGCUCCAGCAGCAGCUCAAGGAGGUUCAUCAAGAACGGAUUGCAUUGGAAAACCAAUUGGAGCAACUUCGUCCAGUCACUGUAUUGUGACCCUCCCCCACAAGAUUCAAGUAACAGAGGGUGACCUUUUCUGCCAAGAUCUUUCCUGAAUGUUUCAACGCAACUACUUGUCAUAGAUGUCUGAGACUGUGUCAAAAGCUCUGAGCAGUGGAAUGUAAUCACUGUCACCUUUUCUCUUGUGCUUCACGCGUACGUUUUUACUGUGGUGGAAAAAAUACAACUGAUUGUCACACUUAAAAUUGUAAUUAUCAGUGGAAUUUAUCUCCCAUUCUUAAGUAUUUCCUCAAGGUGUUAGAAGUUGCUCCUUAUUGAAAACCAAUCUUCUAGCAAAUAAAAACAAUUUAGAGCAUUAUUUAUUUAAAGAGUUUAUGAUUUGUACAAGACCUUGUAACCCAGUACCUUCAGUAUGCUUGUUUUAUUUUCAUAUGUAUAUCAUAUAUAGUAAGUUGGUUUCCUGAAUAAUUGUGAUUCCAACUAGAUAGUCUUUGGCAUGAUGAUGAUAAAAACAAAAACUAGAAGUAAACAAAAUCAUUAGCUUUAGACUGGCACUGUACCCUCCACCACUAUAUAUAUGCCAAAAACUGCUUUUCUAGUGCCAUCUUGAUAUUAUAUCUAGCUAUGAAUAAUACAUGACUGUUGUUUUCUAUGGAAUAGCAAAGACUUAUUCAGUCUUACACCUCUGUGAAGUAGUAGUUUUGUCCAUGAUCCGUUUAACUUGGCCCAGCUAGGCUGUCAACACAGAUAACUCAGCCCUUUCAUGCAGGUCUUUGGACAAGAGCAAUCUGCCCUAACUGCCUUGCCCAAUCAAAUUAAAUAACUAGUUGCCAGAUCUCUACUUCUAUCCUGCAUGGGUUAAUAUAUCUGUAAAUGCAUGAAUUUGGAAACCACUCAUCAAAUGUGAAAAGCUGAUGAGACUGUUUGGACUGAUGAAUAUUUGUUGUUUGAACCCAGGUAUUCAAACUAAGGAAGAAGGGGCAAUGAUUAUUACCAGUAAUCCAACAGUCUUCGGUAGUUAUUUUUGUCUUUGUUAUUUUAACCCAGAUCACAAGUGUAUUGAGUAUGAAGAAAUAAUGAAAGAAAGCUGAUCCUUACACUUGAUAUAUGAUUAUUUUGUUCUCUGUGAAGUGACCCUUGAGGAGGGAUUGGUUUAUGUGCAGUUCAGAGGCGCCCAACCGACUCUAGUGUAAAUGAUGUAAAACAUAAAACAGUAAGCUCAAAUCACAGAAGCCAGUAUUCUAUAGAAAUUUACAUAGCCCCUGCUUAUCCUGCAAGCUCAAGUUGACAGUGGAAAUUGACUGACCCUCCCAGGUAUCUGGGCUCUCUAGCUUUAACAGCACUUCAAGAUACUGAUGGCAAAUUUGCCAUCUCUUGUGCAUUUUGCUAGUUUACCAGUUCUUAAGAUGUUGUGUGAAGUGUGCUAGGGUACUUUCUGAAGUGGUUUAGCAGAGGUCUGCAGUUUGCAGGACUAAGCCUUUAAUUUCAAUAGAGUUGACUGCUCUGAGAAGAAGUAGGCAUUUAUUUAAUGCUUCCUUACUCCAUUGGCAAGCUUUAUCAAUAGUUGAAUGGCAGAAGAGAAAUGCUCAAACAUGAUUUUUUCCAAAGAAAAACAAAAUUGUUGAUUCUGUUCUGUAUAUAUUAAAGGAUUCAGAAUUGCUUGGAUUUUGAAAAUCCUAAGACUUGAACUCUUUCUCUAGUCCCCUUUCCUUCCCUUUUGGCUGCCUUCUUUGUCCCUGUGGGAGGGUUUCAGGGUCAGUUUAAACCUUUUCUAAAAUAUGAAUGGGUGAGUGAACAUUUUUUAGGUAACCUCUUUUUCACAUGUUCUGAGAACUGGGGGCUGCAACACAUUUUAUCAACAGUGUCCACAUCGCAGACGUUUCACAUCAUAUUUGCCUUUUGUUCCACUCAAUCCAGGAAAGUCUAGCAUAUGCACUUUAUCUCAUAAUCUUCCAGGACAUACGCGCACACUCCAGAUAGCACUUCAUAUCCAUUAAGCAGACAUAUAAACUAAAGAAUGUUAGUCUAUGUUCUACAUUUUUAAAAUAUUAACAUGUUUUUCCCUCAUCAAGCCAAAACCAGAGUGAGCCAAAUUAGGAGUAUGGGGUUUUGUUUAGAUGGCUUGGUUUUCAUUAAAGGAAAAAACUUGCACUGGAUAGUCAAAGGCUCAUGUGUUGCAUGCUGCUGCUAAGUCGCUUCAGU